UUUCCCCCUCUUUUUACACUCAUUUUAAUACUCUGCUCAAAGACUAGAACCAGAAAGUCAUGUCUCCUUCCUUCAUUGUUAACGGCGGCGAUUGACCAGCGACCACACACCCGUCGGAGACAAAAAGAGUCAGAGGAGUUCCAAGCUCAUGUUCUCCGGCCAUGGCGUCAUCGUUUUCUUCUUCUUCUUCUUCCUCGACAUCUUCGACCUCCUCCGACUGCUCUGUCACUGCAAAUCGUUGGAAUGCGAUAAUGGAUAAGUCUAAAAGUUGCUGCAAGUGUUCUACUUCAAGCAGCGGAAGAUGGAUCUUGUGGGUUGUUCAAAUAAGUCUUGUAAUUUGGAGGAGCUUGCCUUGGAAAUUGAUGUUAAUGAAUGGAAGGGUCACUCUGCUGGAUAAUAUUCUGUAUGUUGUGCUAGGAGUUUCAAAACAGAGCACAGGCCAAGUUGUUUCAAGCAUUGUUUUGGAAGGCAAAAGUUCAAGUUCUCAAAGCCCACAUGGUGCCAUUAAAACACUCGAACGGGGAAGGCUUUCAGAAGAUACUAUUAUUGAUGUCAUUUCCAGAAGUGCUUGAAUGCAAAUCUCUUGCUUGGCUGUUGGGUUGAAGAAAGUCGCCACCACAUGCAAAGGUAGGUACAUUAGAGUGUGGAAAUCCAACAACUAAUUCAGAUCACACUAUUAAAUACGAGGAAAAUGAUCUUAAAUGUAGCCUUAAGAAGUGUAUGAUUGUUAUUGUUUUAAUUCAUGUAAACCAUUUUAUCUUGUGCUCUUUCAUUUUCAAGGGUCAUUUACCAUUCCUUUUUUAUUUUUUUAUUUAUUUUUUU